AUGGCGGCGGCGCCGCGCCAAGGGCCUGUCGGCCGUCGAGCCAAGCAGCGCCGCGGACGAGACCCCUGCGAGCCCAGGGCCCUCCAGGAAUCCUGCUCGGCAGAUCCGUCCCUCGCCAGAGCAGCUUCCCGUCGUGGCCCUUCGGCGCGCAGAGACUGUGGGCCGCGACGCCAAGCCGCAUCGCAGACCGCAGCCCUGCGAGCUGAGGAGCAGGGAGGGGCGGGGAAGCAGGAGGAGGAGGAGGAGGGGGAGGAGGGGGAGGGGGAGAAGGGAAAGGAUGGCCCGUCGUGCGCGGAGAGCCACUGCGCAGCCUGUUACGAUGCGCCGGUCAUGGGCGCAUCGCCAGACAGCGCGGGGGUGGCCUCUCGGGGCGCGGCGCCGGCAAACGAAAAACGUUUCGCUCGCCUCCUCUCAAAAGCAAUUCAGACGCAACGUGUCUGGGAGCUGCCCCACCCAGCGCUCGGCCUGCGAGCCCGCGGGCGACCCGGUGCCGCGCCACAGGCCUCGACGGCCGCGACGGAGCACAACCAGGCCUCUCUCGAGCACGUGCCGGCGCCGCGGGACCUCCCGCGAAGGCCGCGCCUCUGA